AUGGUGGGAUCUGAUGUACCACAGCGAGGUCUGACGCACCAUGAGAGCAGAAAACAGAGCUUCCUAAGCUGCCUGUCUCCUGCCCUACCCCAGGAGAGCAUAGCUGAGCUGAAGUGCCGCUUGCAGAGGAUGAAGGCCCUUGCUCAGCUCGUGAAGCUGCCAUCUGUCUCGCCUGAGACCAGUGCUGACCUAAAGAGCCGUCUCAAGCGAGCGCAGGAAUUGGAACUGAGGAUCUGUGAGAAGAGAGCAGAAAACAGAGCAAAACUGUGGCUGAGUGGGUACUUGGCAAAGUACUUCUUUGAGGUGAAACUAAAGCGGGAGCCUAACACGUCUGCUCCCUUCCCCGGCAGCAAGAAGGCACCCGCUUACCAGCGAUUCCACACCUUAGCCCAGGACGUCCCGCCAGGGCUCACGCUGCCCUACAAGUUCAAGGUGCUGGCGGAGAUGUUUCGCAGCAUGGAUGCCAUCGUGGGGAUGCUCUUCAACCGCUCGGAAACCGUCACCUUUGCGAAGGUCAAGCAGGGGGUGCAGGACGUGAUGCGCAAGCAGUUUGAGGAGCGACACGUGGGCCAGAUCAAGGCGGUGUACCCUGCGUCGUACAGGCUCCGCCAGGAGAAAAACAUCCCCACUUUCAGCAGCAGCAUUAAGAAGUCGGACUACCAGCUCACGCUAGAGCCGGUGCUGGGGGAAGAGGAGAAGGUGGACGGCCGCCCUCACUUGUCGGCGUCGCGCCUGCUGGAGCGCAGGAAGGAGUUCAGCCGCAACCUGGUGAACAUUGUCAAGCAGCACCACAAGGCGUUCAUGGCCUCCCUCAGCCCCCCGAUGGAGGUGCCGGAUGACAAGCUGACGCGCUGGCAUCCCCAUUUCAACGUGGACGAAGUGCCGGACAUCACCCCGGCAGAGCUGCCGCAGCCCCCCCAGGGCGACAGGCUGACCACGGCCCAGGAGGUGCUGACCACGGCCCGGGGCAUGAUGACCCCGAAGAUGGAAAAAGCUCUUGCCAACAUGGCCUUAAAAACAGCUGUAGCGAGUGUGGGGGAAUCGGUGGUUUCCAACGCGGCAUCCCCUGCCAGCACCUCCAGCGCGCUGAAGGGGGUGUCCCAGGCCCUGCUCGAGAGGAUCCGGGCGAAGGAGGCGCAGAGGAUGCAGGCGCUGAUGACCCGGGCCCCGCAGGAGGAGGAGCGGCUCGCCAUGCUGGGGCGGCUGCCGGCCAUGGCCCGGAUAAGUGGCUGUGAGUUCCUAAGAGCAGAAACAGCCGCAGCCCCGUCGGAGGUGGCUAGAUCAGCGCUUAGGAGGGACAGUGCGGGACAGCCGGGUGAUGCUCUAACCUGCUGGUUCCCCGCAGGUGACAUGGAGAAACACCUGCGCCUCUUCGCAGAGCUGCUGCCUGACUGGGUCAGUGUCCACACCAUCAGGACAGACACUUACAUCAAACUGGACAAGGGCAAGGACCUCAAUGUCAUUGCGGAGAGACUUGCCCAGGCAGCCAAGGAGGCAGAAGCCCCCUGAGCCUGCUGGAGGGCUGAGCCGUCUCGUGUGUGACCUGCGCUGUAGAUGUAGCAAGCUCUGGAUGCUGUCCACAGGACUGGUGGGACUUUUGUAGGCUGCCGGGCAUGUCUGAGGGUCCAGGAGCUGGGAGGUUCACCCUCAGGGAUGCCUGAGGUUGCAAUGAACAGGCCUCACUUCCACUAUUUCCUCUGCCACGGUCCAUCAGGACAUAACUCCCCCAACCCUCGAGAGCUCUGAAGGUGAGCAGCCUUGGGUGCCAUGAUGCCCACCUCAGCAGUGAAGAGGAGCUAGCAACCUCUUCUUGACUUACCAUGUUCUCCUGAAGGUUUGAUGCAAGAGCUUUCUUCCAUUAACUGAGUCUGGGGGUGUGGAGGCAGGACUGGGUACAGUGAGAGGGUGACAAGGAGGAAGAAGUGAGAGCAGUCACAAAUUGCUGGUGUUUUAGAGCUCUGGGCCUUGUUCUGUUUUUAAGGGAGGGAAACACAGCUCCAGCUCUUGCUGGAAAUGACUACAGGACUUGUCAAAACAUCUUUGUAUUAAAUGGUUUAAAUAUAGCUGACUCGUGUUAA